UUUUGGUACUACAUGGAUGGCGAAUAUGACGGUGCCUUAACAAUAUACCAACAGAUGACAUAUAACGAUUACACUGACUUAGUACAAGUGAGCGAGCUAGUUGAACGCUCAUACAGUUAUUGGAAGUUAUUGCGCGUUCCACUGAGAUCUCUUCCGGAAGAUUUUCAGGUUGUGAUAGAGGACGUCCGAGGUGCAAGAGGUAACAUUGCCAUUGACGAUGUAUCCUUAUCGGCCAACUGUAUAGCAGUCGGUGAUAUACCUGGUUUUGAUCAAACCAGAAAUUACAAGUUCUGUGAUGACGGCAGGAGACUUCGGUGUGGAAUGACCAAUCAAUGUUUUGAAACAACGCAGAGAUGCGAUUUCAUUCUCGACUGCGAUGAUGGAUCUGAUGAAAAUGAAUGUGGUACAACUUGUGGAUUUGAGAAUGAUUGGUGCGGAUGGAAAAUUAAUCGAAGGGGAGGCAUUAACUGGAUCCGAUCAAAUGGAAGGUCAGCUCAUAGUAGGGAUACGAGACCACGUAUUGAUCACACUAAACAAAAUCCAAAAGGAUUUUAUAUCUACCUUGAAACCAGUGAACGUAAUGAUUCUCUCAGCGCCCUCUAUCACGAGAACAUUCAUCUAUAUAGCCCUGUACUUCAGCACAGUAGUGCUGUAUGCAAAUUUAGUAUGUGGUACAACAUGAGGGGAUACGGUAUUGGUACUAUUUCUGUAUAUAUACGGACAUAUACACCUAAACAGACAACUUUGCUUCGGUCAAUAAAGCAAAGUGACGACAGUAAUUGGGUUUCGACAGGAGACAUCCUAAUCGGUCACAGGGAACAGUUCACCGUUUUGAUCGAGUACACUUUGCAUGCGGCAAUAAGAGGCCAUGUUGCUCUAGACGACAUUCUUUUCAAAGAUUGUGGGAAAAACACACAUCAGAGAAGAUGCUCAGCAGGUUCUAUCGCAUGCAACGACAGUAGUUGUGUGGCGGGUUCACACGUGUGUGACUUAAAAAAUGAUUGUCCCUGCAAGACGGAUGAGAAAAACUGCCAAACAAAUGGUGGAUGUACGUUCAAUAAUGUGCCGUUUGAGGAUCAUUGUGGCUGGCAGCAAAUGAAUGGUGAUGAUUUUGAUUGGACACAAAGUCAAGUAGCCCUUAGAGGCGGACCUACAGGCGACCAUACAGGCGGUUCAAAUGGUUUUUUCUUGCUGCUAACCCAACCGCAUGGGAGUAAUAAGGGAGGUAAAAGUCAAGUCACAACAGCAGAAUUCGAAACAAGUGAAAAUGUAUGUUUCUUGAGGUUUUGGUACCACAUUUGUGGUGUUGAGAGUUCUUUACGGGUUUUCACUCGUUCGUCAAACUCUGAUGGAGCUAUGCUGUUAAUGUGGCAGCAUUCACAGUCAUCGAAUGAUUGGGAUUACGUCAAUAUUCCUGUCGCCAACGUUCAUACUUACAGUGUUGUGUUCGAAGGGAUAAUUGGAGCAAACGAAAGACAAUGCGUUGCAUUGGACGAUGUCACUUUCUCUGCAGAGUGUCCGUAUACAGGUCGAGAUACUCUCACGACCCCACGAGAUACAGUUUUGCCACCGCUGGAGCAAGAAGGUGACAGCAUCGUUCUUCUUGUAAUACUCGCAACUUGUGUAGUUAUUGUUGUUUUGACCACGAUUUACUUUGUCAUCAAAAAAGUCUCGACAUGGUAAUCAUUUAUUUCUGAACUAGAGAGCGGUACUCGAUUGAGUGCAUACCUCCAACUGAGCAUUUUAUUCCUGUGGAUUUCUUUAAUUUUAGUGACACUGACCUCUACCUUUGAUGUUUUCAUCCCAAAUAUUAAAAACCCUUUCUGGUAAUGGUACUUACCUUUUCUUUGCGACUCCAUUAAACUUUAUGGUGAUCCAGUCAUUAGUUUUUGUAUAAUGAUGCUAACAAACAGAUUAACAAACAACCAGAAAACGGUGGUGAAUGUAGGUUCCGUGGCGGAGGUAACAAUUUAAAUACAAUAUAGAAUUCACGUACAGUAAUUCAGAUUGGCCUAUCAUAUGUAGGCCUAUUUUCCUGACACGUCAGUAAAGAUUUGGAAUUUGAUAACGGUUAAAUAAGGGGUGUUAGGAUGGGCAAUGAACAGAG